AUGACUUCUGAUUGGGUUGCCAACAGAUUACUUUUGGUCGGCAAUCGAGCAUUAAUGCAAAUACAGUUAGAUCAAUUACAACAAGAUUCAGCUACCACGAUUAGUCCUAAACGACUUUUUCAGCUUUCUAUGGGGGCGCAGGAUGCAAAACAAUUAAUUUUUGAUCCCUUUACAAACACAGCUAUUUUACUGACAAAAAAUGGCUCUCUACUCGCUUUGAAUUUGAAUAAUGGAACUGAAACUAAUUUGGAGCUGACAACCGGGUGUUUGAAACAGAAGACAAUAACUUCUAUUGUUGGAGAGUUUAUUUGGAAUAGAGCUGCUUCUCCUCAAUUAUAUGCUCUAACUUGGAAUGGAUUAAUGGAGCUAAAACUUGGAUCAGAUAAUUGUCCAGAAGUUAAUGUUAAUUGGGAAAUGUUUGGGGAACGUGGUUUAAAGGCAAUAUCCUUAUUUGCUGUAGCAGACAAAGUUUUUGUGUUUGCAACACCUACAGAUUUGCUUGUUUAUGACCGCCUAUCUGCUUCAGUUUCACAAUUCCCCAUUCCAAAUCCUCCACUUAAACAGUUAUUGACAGUCUCCCAAUCAUCGCAACCCUUUCCCGACAGAAAUUGUUUCCAACUACCUUCCGUUUCUUCUGUUGAUUUUGUUGUAAAAAAUGAUGGAAGGACUGGAGCAGUUGUAGAACUGCCAGAACCCAAAAGAGAUGAAAAAGACGAGAAUUUUAAGCUACCGAUUGAAUGCCAAAAUAUUUCACAACCUCAAACUCAAUACGAAUUACAUUUCCGGAAGAGGGGUACUGAAAAAGAGAAGAUUAUUCGAACAACUAACAACAAAACUUUUAUUGAACAAGGCGUUCUGGACAAAAAUACGGAUUAUGAUGUUUCUUUGGGUUGGUCAAACCGGUUUUGGCCAGUUCAAGGCCAGUCUGAACCGAAAUUGUUACUACACACUGGGUUUGGUUUUCCUUCAGCUCCGAGAGAACCAACGGCCUUUUCUCUCAGUCCGGAUACUGUACUUUUGAGUUGGCUACCUCCCGAAUUAUUGAAUGCGCCAGCUUCUGAGAUUCGUUAUAGGAUAAGUCAACAGAGUUCUUCCCUCGUUUCUCCCGUUCCAGUAGCCGUUCGCCCUCAAGAAGGUGGGCGUGGUCACUUUUCCACUCCUACGGCAGAUGUUGUCUCCUGCGAUGAAAGUGAUAUAUGUCAGGCAAAAGUGCCGAACUUGCGUCCUUCUACAGACUAUCAUUUUUGGAUAUUAGCACUUCAUGUCAGUCGCAUUUCUUUAAAUGCUUUGGAAGAUCCAGAGGCUACCUCUGUUGAAACACAGGCACAUACUCGGGAGAUUCCAGGGACUUUACGAUUGGAAAAUGCAACGAGUACUUCGUUAAAUCUUCGAUGGAAUACACUGCCUGGAGCAGAAAAUGGAUUUCCUUAUGUUCAACGUAUUCAAGUUUCUAUUCAAUAUAGACAGAGCGCAGUAGAUGCAUCAUGGACUCUUCUUCAUAAUUCCACCUUUACACUUGAACAAAAUACAACCCUAAUAUCUACAGGGUCACAACAUUCAUUUUGCAUAGAAGACCUUAGACCAGCCACAACAUAUGAUUAUCGUUAUUUGGCCGAAUAUCACAAUAAUAUUGUCCCAAAUGAAGAAGCUUCAAACAAAAAAGAAAAGGUAUUGAUAACGGAAUCUUUUUUCCAACAAGUUCAGCAAGCUAGGACUAAAGGUGAAAAGCAUCAUUUAUCAAAUAAACGCUUAUUAUCCAGCCGGGACUCCUUCCGCGCCUACAAACGUUCAACUAAUUAA